AUGACAUCCACUUCUUUACAUAUGGACAAAGAUGCGGAACGUUUAUAUUACGAGUUAUGUUAUCGAAAAGCAGCAAGGCGAAUUGCAUGGUCAACACAGAAUAUAGUUGCAUGGUCACCACCUUCUUAUAAUAAUUUAGAUACCAGAUUUUCACGCUUUUCCCCAAGUAUCGGAGCCUUCAGUCCAUGUAGAACUACUUCUCUUGAUGCCAAUGGUCCCGCUUGGUCUUUUACAAAUAAUGAUAAUUUAUUUCCUUUUGAUCGUGUAGAAAGCCAUCACAGAUUCGGAGAUGAUAUUACAGAUUUAGUAUGGAACCAGACAGGUUCUGCACUAGCAUCCAUAGACCAAAGAGGUAAAAUAGCGAUAUGGACCAUGAAUAAUUAUGUGAACCGGUGGAAAUGCAUUUGUAAUGUCAACCUAGGAGAAAAUGUGAUUGAAUUUAUGUGGCUAGAUAGUGCACGAUUGUAUUCACGUGUUUCUAAGGCGCGUUCAGCCGAGUCGCCUUAUAAACGAGGUUCAUUUAAAGGUCCUCGGAAUCAAUUUGGCGAAUUCGCUUUUAUAACUGUCACGACUGAUGGAAAGGUAGCUGUUUGGUACCAGAAAGGAAAGAAAUUUUUUUCUAAAAUUAUAUCCCACUUGCGCUAUCCUUCAAAACGAAUAUCUCAUGCUGAUAUAGUGCUUAGCGAUGGAAAUUAUAUCUUGGCUACAUACAGUCCUGAAUUUCUGCCAAAACUAGUCAUGUUUUACGAAAUCAAAAUUGACAUGCUCUCUUUACAAGUUGGUUGUCAGCCUAUCGCUAAUAUUCAUCUUGCUACUCCGAUUAGUGACCCCCCUUUAUUCAUUGAACGAUCUCAAGUAUUGCACUUGAAACUAAUAUCAAACUCGCAGUCUCAUGGAAUCCGACUUAUAAUUAUAACAGCCGAGAAAGCAGGGUCUAACGUUUUCAAUAGCAGCAUUGCUAUGUGGGAAAUUAAUAAAUCCACACCACCAAUUGAAUCUCCAGAAACCGCAAUGAAAAUUGAUAUACCACCACCGAAUGUUCAAUUCAUCGUUUGCGAACAAUUGGAUCAUAAGUUGGUAACGAAUAUUUGGAUACAAGAAAACGAACUCUUCCUUGGUUUUAGUGAUGGUCAAGUUCAGUUUCGUCACUACGACACUUUAAAAAUCCUUCCAGAAGAAAGACAUGUUAGCAUAAAAUAUUUUCAAGAUUACAAUUUUCCAAAAUACAGUACUUGGGUUCCUUCAAAUUAUACGGCUUGUACAGACGCAAUAAUUGAAUUCGCAACUUCACCGAACGGAACGUUACUUCUUUGCAGAAGGGCUUCCGAUAAACUUGAUUGUUUAGACAUAGCUGACGCAUUGGAUCAAAACAUCGACUUGCUAGCCAGGAUUUGUGUUGCUUCAUCUUGUGCAAAUAAACUGACAUUAUCAAUAUUAAAUAAUAUUGACCAUACGGAUUUAGAGAAUAUAAUAAAGAAAUUUUCCGGUGAUCAAGAUGAUCAAGAUGAUCAAGAAGGUGUAUUUAAACUUAUUCUCAAAGAAACUUUUACAAAUUUAUCGAGCGUUUUUCCGGAUGGAUUGGAAACAACAGCUUCUUCAGAUUUUCUAAGCAGGCUGUUUGGGAUACAACUAUCAUUACUAAAAUCUUGUCGACGGGAUAAUAUUACUUAUUUAAAUACAUUAUACUUUAUGCACUUACGUGCUUUAGAAAAAAUAUUUCAAAAUAACGUUUCUUCUGAUGGUACCUUUUCUCUAGAUUCCCUUCAGUCACUUUUAUCUCUUACUUCCUGGGUUAUGGAUUUUUCAGUUUAUUUUAUUAAAGAUACGUAUUUACUAUUCUUUACAAUGAAACCGGGAAGAGAUCUAUCAUCAGAAAAGUCUCAUAUCAUCCUUCUUUAUAAUUUGAUAAGUCGCACGGCUUUUAAGAAUUUGCUAUCUCUUGUUGGGAAAUUUAAGGAACACGUUAAUUCAUUAGCGGCAAAUAGUCCCCUUGAUUUUCAAGAUAUGAAUAGAACUCUUCAGUAUUCAUUUGAAUCCUGGCCGCUUAAAUUAGAAUCAUUAGAAUCAUUUAUAAAUGAGGCCGGAUCUAUUAUUGAUAAAUCAAUGAAAGAGAUAUCUGAUCCGCAAUUGACCAAAUAUGAAAUAUUUUUCGAUUCUAAACUUCAAAAAUCAUUGCAUGGAACCCUUCGGGAAUUGGAACAAAUAUUUAUAAAUAAUAUCACUACAGAUGAUAACGUUAAUUUAUAUGUUUAUGACACUAAAUGGAUCUCUUCAGAAUCUGUCGAUAUAAUUUUAAAAUCACGUACGAUUAAAGAUCGUGUAUGUACAAGAUGUGGUCAUUAUUCAACGAAACCUGAUAUGCAAAGUACACGAUGGGCGAGAAGUUAUACUAGAUCUUGUGUUUGUGGUGGGCUUUGGAUAUAUAUUAAAGAGAAAUAG